AGAUAAACAAUCAGUGGAAAAAAAUGGAUGUAGUUUUACAAGUGUGUGACAAGCAUGUUUUCACACCUUUCGUGUAUCCAUCUUGGUGGUCUGAAGGUGACAUCUGGCGACAAUUUCUAACAUUAAAUGUAGUGAUAACUCUUGGUGGAACUCUUGUGUAUUUUAUCCCAGCAUCUUUCAACUACUGCUUUAUAUAUGAUAAAAGACUGCUAAAACAUCCCCAGGUGUUACAUAAGCAAGUACAAAAAGAGAUUUUUUAUACAUUGCGGUCAAUUCCAGUUAUGGCAUUGUUUACCAAUAUACUCUUCCUGCUUGAAAUCAGAGGCUACUCUUUACUAUACAACAAGAUUAGUGAUUCAAAGUAUGGCUGGUGGAUGGUCGUUGCUUCUGUAAUUGCUUUUCUAAUGUUUACUGACUGCUUAAUCUAUUGGAUUCAUCGUGGCCUCCACCACAAGCUGGUGUACAAACACAUUCACAAGCCUCAUCAUAAGUGGAAGAUCCCUACUCCUUUUGCAAGUCAUGCCUUUCAUCCACUUGAUGGAUUUCUUCAGAGUGUCCCUUACCAUCUUUAUGUCUUUCUCUUCCCCAUGAACAAAUAUGUCUACCUUGUAUUGUACAUUGCUGUCAACAUCUGGACAGUUUCUAUCCAUGAUGGUAACUACAAAGUGCCAGCUGUCCUAAAGCCUGUGAUUAAUGGAUCUGCCCAUCAUAUGGAUCAUCAUGUGUUUUAUAACUACAAUUAUGGUCAGUAUCUCACACUUUGGGAUAGACUUGGAGGAUCAUUUCGCAAUCCUAGUUCUUAUGAAGGUAAUGGCCCUUUGGAAGAGGUAUUAAAAAUUAAAGACACCUAAGUGUCACAGAAUUUGUCAUUCACAAACCAUAGGCAUGAAAUGUUGGUGAUCACAUAGCUGUUAUUCAAAAGACAAAAUUAUCUAAAAUAAAAAAUGUAAUGUGAUUUCGAGAUUUUAUUAUUCAUAAAACUUAAGUACCGGUUUAUACAAUGAAUAAAUGUUUAGACUGUUGACUUAAGAUUUUUAUAGCCUGGUGAUUUACUAUGUUAAAAGUUCAGAUGUUGUUAUAUGUAAUUUCAGAAUUUAUGUGAAUCAGUAACAAUAAAUGUAAAAUGGUUAAUUUAGGUUGUUACUAAAAAAUUUAUAAAUUUGUUAUAGUUAAGUUGCCAAAGAAUAUUGUUGGCUCAUGACAAAGACCAGUGUUUUUGAGGGUUUUAUUACUAUUUGAAGCUAUUGAACAGGGAAGAUGAUUAGAAAUAAGAUAUUAGACAAAGUAUUUAAUAGUUAUUAGUACUAGACAAAAAUAUUAAAAAUUGUUGAAAUCAAGUAAAAAGGUUUCCCCUCAGAAAAAAAUUAUAUAUUUGUUUUUAACUUUCAGGCAUAGCUCUUCUGGAUUUAGUGUCACUGUACAAAAAUUAUAAACAAAAAUUGUCAUUAUGUCAGUGCAAUUUUUUAAAAAUGUAUAUAGAGCAUUAUAUACAUUUACUAUAGUUCUAUACACUAGUAAAUUCAGAUUACAGAGCUUGUGCUAUAGAUACUCAAGAACUAUUACUACAAAAUUGCUAUUGUGGGUACUAAAGUAAUACUGCUAAGUAAUUAUUGGGUUGCUAUCGCAAUAAUAUAUAAGUUACUAUCAAUUUACUUGAAUGGUAUUGUGAUAAUAAAUGAUUAUUGUUGAAAUGACCACAUAGUCACUACAGCACUACAUCUGUUUACUAUGUCAACAUAGUGGAAUUUAUAACAAUGUAAAUAAUGCAGUGUUGGUAUAUGAAACAAUGUAUUUUAUGGUGCAUAAACUAGAAAAUAAAA